AUGUCCAUCGCAGACUCCAACUUCCCCUCCUCAGCCGCCUUCGACGACAUCAACUCCGCGCUCUCCUCCGACUCCGAACGUAAAGACGCCAUCAANAAAGGCGGUGCCAUCUUCGCCUUCACCCUCAAGAACACAAACGGCGCCCAAGAAUCCUGGCACAUCGAUCUCAAAGACUCCGGAAAAGCUGGCAAAGGCACUGCCCCCGAUGGCAAGAAAUCUGCAGUCACUCUAUCCCUCAGCGAUGCCGAUUUUGGAAAACUGGUUAAAGGAGAGGCGAAUGCCCAAAAGCUGUUUAUGAGUGGAAAGUUGAAGGUUAAGGGUGAUGUUAUGAAGGCUACUAAGAUGGAGCCCAUUUUUAAGAAGAUGCAGAAUAAGGCAAAGCUUUAA